AUGACUGCAGAUGGAGCAGUGCCCCCGGACAAGGCGUGGCUGUCCCCGCCAUGCUGCUGCGGUGUAGCAGCCAGUACAGAAGCAGAACCACCAGCAGCAGCAACAAAUGCUGCUACUCCUGCUGCUGUGUCUGCAGUUAUUGGUGUAGACGUGGGUAUUCCCCCCGAGACAAGCCGGGGGGGACCCCAACCGCAGCGCUGUCUCUGCUUUAGCAGCACUCCUUCAGGUAAUGAGAUAGUUAUAUGCAGUGCUGCCUCGACUGCAACAGAGGAGACGUCUGUCGCCGUCGCUGUGCCCUGCCCCGCAGGGCGCGGGCCUUCGUUUUAUGGCAUGGGGGGGGACCCUGAGCAGCCGUUGGGGCUGAGCAGCAACAGCAGCAGCAGCAACUGCAGCAUCAACUGCAGCACCAGUUGUAACAGCAACUUCACCAGCAGCUGCACCAACAGUUGCACCAGCAGUUGCACCAGCAGCUGCGGCAGCAACUGCGGCAGCAGUUGCAGCACUCACUGCAGCACGAGCAGCAGCACCAGCUGCAGCUUGACUGCUGUCCUUAAAAGACAAGCUCUCCUGGCAGCCAUAGGCCGUAUUCACUCCACAGGGAACCCUAACUCUCAGCUCAAAACCACCGCCUCCGCUGUCCUUCACUUCGUAGCUCUACUUCUCUCUUUCGUGAUGCUCGUUACCCUGUGGGGUGUAUUGGACGUGGCUGUAGAAGUUCUAGCGGGGCCCCAAACCCUCGAGCAGCUGCAAGGCUACGGCCUGAUGCUGUUUGUGGGUCUCCUGCUAACGUUUCUGCUGAAGUUUGUCGAGAGGCAGGGACACAAACUCACCAUUUACCCCACGCUCAUCGUGUCCCUUGUGACGGUGGUGGCGGCCUGGGGGAUCAUUGUGAGUUUUCCUAUGGGCCUCCUGAGUCUGAUUCGGACGGAGUCGUUGAGCUGGUGGCAGGGGGUAGCAAACACUGCGAGGGGCUAG